UUCUGGUUUGAGUUGGCGCAUAGCGAACACAUUAGAGGGUCGAAGGUCUAUAACACCGCUUACAAACUUAUCAUGGCCCCCAGCACGCAACAAGAUGAUGUGGUUUCUGGCGUACGUAAAGGAAUCAGAGCCAUUCUACUUGGCCCGCCAGGAGCUGGAAAAGGAACUCAAGCUCCCAGACUGGCAGAGAAGUAUUGUGUGUGUCACCUGGCCACUGGGGACAUGCUGAGAGCAAUGGUGGCAUCUGGCUCAGAACUUGGCCAAAGAUUAAAACAGACCAUGGAUUCUGGCAAACUGGUGAGCGAUGAGAUGGUUGUUGAGCUUAUAGAGAAGAACCUGGACACUACUCCUUGUAAGAACGGAUUUCUUUUGGAUGGGUUUCCUCGCACAGUCAAGCAAGCAGAAAUGUUGGAUGAUCUACUUGAGAAACGCUCAGAGAAACUGGACUCCGUCAUUGAGUUCUCUGUGGAUGACUCUCUUUUGGUACGCAGGAUCUGUGGGAGACUAAUUCAUCAGCCCAGUGGCCGUUCCUACCAUGAGGAGUUUAACCCUCCCAAAGAACCUAUGAAGGAUGAUGUGACUGGUGAACCUCUGUCCCGUCGUAGCGAUGACAACGAGAAGACUUUGUGGGCCCGCCUGGAGGCCUACCACAGACAGACAGCACCAUUGGUGCAGUACUACAGCUCACGUGGCCUGCACCGUGCCAUAGAUGCUGCACAAACCCCUGAUGUCGUCUUUGCCUCCAUCCUUGCAGCCUUCUCAGCUGCCACCUGUAAAGACCUUGUGUUAUUUAUCUAAAUCCUUUCUUCAACUUACUUUUUCCCCUCUCUUUGUCAUCCUUGCCUAUCCUAUUAUUUCUCAGUAGGUGUCUUGAGUUCUAGUUUUAAGACUUGUGUUUACCAGCAAGUUAAACUAGAACACUGCCUUCUCUGUAACCUAGCUAAUAGUUUGCUUUUCUGACCUAUUCCUUCAUACUGCAUGCCAAAAAAAUGACUGAAUUUUUGAUUUAUUUUGCUAAUCUGUAGAAAUUAAAUAUCUUCUCUGCA